AUGAUUGUACCCCCAGCCAAGUUCAUUGACCUUGUUACAAAGGUUGUCGAUACCACGGAAUGGCCAUUACCACAAGUUGACAAUACUAUACCUAAAUUCAACUAUGAAGUUAUUAAAGUUAGCAAACAAGUGUCGCAAAUACUUGUCCAUCAAUUGAAACUCGCACCUAUUGAAGUUGAUUUUCAUCCUAAGUUUGAGUCUGUUAUUGUUGCUGAAAAGUACUAUGUUAAUUGCAACUUUGAAUCAAAUGAAGGUGAAAUCCUGUGGGAUUCGUACCUUGAACAGAUUGCUUCUGGCCAAGUAUGUCGACCAGUACCAACACCACUGCUCAGCUUACAGCACAUGCCGCAUAGAGAUUUUGGAUUCUUGGAAGAGCCUAUCCUAGAGUAUUUCGCUGGCAAACACGAUAACAAGCUUGAACCAUUGCAGCUUAAAUCCAUCUCGAAUAAUAUUUUUGUUCCUGUGCCUAUAAUUUUACAGCCACAACCGACUCCUAGGGAGCCAAGUUUAUCAGUAUGGGAAUGUAAUGAUAAGAUAAGCUUGUUUGGCAUAAUUGAAGAACAACCUGAUUCCAAAUUACCUCCUUCUGAACCCGAUAUUCUAACCCUAUUGCCUGAACAACAUAACUUAGUCACCAAGUAUUCUAUUGGACUUAGUUUCCCAACAAUUAUUCCAAAUAAAGGAGACCAGUUGUUUGAAUUCGACUUCCCUAAUUGGGAGGAACCAAACGUGACUCAGCACUACGAUACUCAUGAUAUAAAUAUGUUUUUAUUCGAACGUGAACCAAUCCAUAGUAGAAAGUAUAUGGUACAACCAAUAGCAACUGCCAACCCAAAGGAAAACAAACCAGCUGAAUAUUUCCUACAAUUGUAUCUGGAAAAACACUAUAAUACCAACUUAUGGCAUUUGAACAAGUAUCAGCUCAUUGUUGAAAUGGAAUGGAAGCCAAUAAUCACUGAUAUCAAAACUUUGCAAAGUCACUUUCUUGUUGAGCACCUUGAUUCUAAAAUCGAUGCUCAGUUGGAACAAUUUGCCACUGUCGAUGAUAUCAAGUUGGAUCCAUGUGUCACUGAAAAUACUUUUGUUUUGGAUUACCCUCAAUUGCAAGAACAAUCAACAACUACACAACUUGAACUUGAUAAUGGAACGACAAACUUGGCAACUUAUCACGAUGAUACUGAUGCAUUGGUGAAGUUGGUGGCAACAAAGAAACGCAAAUUGAAUUCAAAAGUGGUUGAUAUACCUCAAGAACUUGCCUUGUUACUGUUUCUACGCCCCAAAGAGAAAAGGGAAGAGGUAGAUGACAAGGAAGAAGCUCAGGAUAAAAAGGAAGCUAAAGAGGAUACAUCCACAGAGUCAAAAAUUCCCCAAUACAGUGUCUUUUUCGACUCAUCGUUCUCCGAAUCAACCAAAAACUAUCAAUUCCCAUCUAAUCAAUACAUUGCAUUAUCACAAUCAUUCUGGAACAAGGACUACACAACAGCCAGGAGCUUGAGUGAAAAACUUGGUGUUAUUGAAGUCAAGUUUAGUCAUGCUGUUGACAUCGUCAUUAACGCAACUUCAGCAAUCUACAUAACCCCAGCUGAUUUACUAAUCCAAGGCGAUGGAAAAUCAACCGAAUUCUUAAUCCUUCAAGAGCUAUUAACCAUGAAGCAACAUUUCCAUAAGUUAUACAUUGUUUCUGUUGUCAAUACCCCUUCUUUUGUUGAAUACGCGGGUAUCAAGUUGCAAACAUUACAACUCAUCUGUCUUGCCAUUAAUAUCAAGCUCCUAUUUGUCUCCAAAGAAGAUAUUUUGCUCUGGUUAUUAGAAGUAAUCGAACUGGAACCACGACAAUUGAUCGAUGAGCCAAUAGAUUUGGAAAAUCAACAAUAUGGAUUGUUGUGUGAAUGUGGAUUAACGUAUUUUCAAGCAAGAGAGAUUUUGAAGAUGACUUCGCUUGAGAAAUUUAUUGCUAGUAGUGUAGAUGAAAAAUUGAAAAAGUUUAAAGAGUUGGUGACUCCUGAACUAUUGUGUAAGCUUGAUUUUACAUUUCUGGAGGAGAUAUGCUAA